AUGCAAAACAGACUGAUCACAACAGAUAGACUAACUGCUUGGGGUAUAAAUGUGGAUCAAAGUUGCAAACUGUGUCAAGGACAAUUUGAAUCUAGAGAUCACCUGUUUAUGCAAUGCUCCUACACUCAGACUCUGUGGAAAAAAUUGCUGAUAUGGUUAAACAGACCUGGUUUCCAAGCUCAGUCAUGGGGACAACAGGAAAACUGGAUUGUAGCAAAUACAAAAGGUAAAUCACAGGCUGCUCAGAUAUUGAAGCUGGUAUACACGGAAUUUGUACAUGUAGUAUGGCAGGAAAGGAACCAGAGAACGUUUGAAAACAAGUCAAAACAAUGGGGCGUGUUAGCUAGAGAAAUAGCCUAUGUGAGUAAUGUUAGAGCCUCUCUGGGCAUUAGAGCUAAGUUACAGCAGCUGCUGUUUUGA